GGAGAGGAAAAUUUGAGGGAAAUUUGGGAUAAAAAUCGAGGGAGAAGGGAAGAGAAUUGGCGGGCCUGGAAGGAACAUUGGAGAGAUUGAGAGAAAGUGCAGCAGCUUGUAACCAGAACUUCAAGGAAAUAAAGCUUGAUUUUUCAUAUUUUUCAGAUUAGCUCAAAGGAUUGUGCGUGGAGAUGUUCCAGAAGCACUGUUGAAUAGGAAGUUGAUCUCCCUAGAUAUGGGUUCACUGUUGGCUGGUGCCAAGUAUCGUGGAGAUUUUGAGGAAAGGUUGAAAGCUGUACUAAAGGAAGUUACUGCUUCAAAUGGGCAGAUUAUUUUGUUCAUUGACGAGAUCCACACUGUAGUGGGUGCAGGGGCUGUGAGUGGUGGAAUGGAUGCUGGAAAUUUGUUGAAGCCAAUGCUAGGGCGAGGUGAACUUCGAUGCAUCGGAGCAACAACAUUGAACGAAUAUAGGAAGUAUAUUGAGAAAGAUGCUGCACUUGAGCGUAGGUUCCAACAAGUGUAUUGUGGUCAACCAUCUGUUGAAGACACAAUAUCUAUUCUCCGUGGAUUGCGUGAACGGUAUGAGCUUCAUCAUGGUGUUAAAAUAUCAGACAGUGCGCUCGUUUCAGCAGCAGUCCUUGCAGAUAGAUAUAUCACAGAACGGUUUCUUCCGGACAAAGCCAUUGAUCUUGUUGAUGAAGCAGCUGCAAAGCUGAAAAUGGAGAUCACUUCCAAGCCAACAGAGUUGGAUGAGAUAGACAGAGCAGUGAUGAAAUUGGAAAUGGAGAAGCUGUCCCUGAAAAAUGACUCUGAAAAGGCAUCCAAAGAAUGGUUGAGCAAGCUGGAAAAUGAUUUGAGCUUACUUAAACAGAAGCAGAAAGAAUUAACUGAACAGCAGCAUCGUGAGAAGGUUCUAAUGACUUGGAUCCGAUCAAUAAAAGAAGAGAUUGAUAGAGUUAAUCUAGAAAUGGAGGCUGCUGAGGGUGAGUAUAACCUAAAUCGUGCUGCUGAGCUCAAGUAUGGUACUUUAAUUUCCCUUCAACGUCAGUUAGAAGAAGCUGAGAAGAACCUUUAUGACUUCCAAAAUUCUGGAAAAUCCUUGCUUCUAGAAGAAGUCACCGAUGUAGAUAUUGCUGAAAUUGUCAGCGAAUGGACUGGUAUACCCUUGUCAAACCUCCAGCAGUCAGAAAGGGACAAACUGGUAAUGCUGGAAGAGUUGCUCCAUAAGAGAGUAGUUGGUCAAGAUAUUGCAGUAAAAUCAGUGGCUGACGCAAUCCGACGUUCAAGGGCAGGGUUGUCUGACCCAAAUCGACCAGUAGCUAGCUUCAUGUUCAUGGGCCCUACUGGUGUUAGGAAAACUGAGCUUGCAAAGGCUUUAGCUGGUUAUCUCUUUAAUACAGAGAAUGCUCUUGUCAGAAUUGAUAUGAGUGAGUACAUGGAAAAGCUUGCAGUCUCACGCUUGGUUGGGGCCCCACCAGGUUAUGUUGGUUAUGAAGAAGGUGGGCAACUCACUGAAGUAGUUUGUCGAAGACCAUAUUCAGUGGUACUCUUUGAUGAAAUUGAGAAGGCUCAUCCAGAUGUAUUUAAUAUUCUGUUACAGUUGUUGGAUGAUGGAAGGAUAACUGAUUCUCAAGGACGAACUGUCAGUUUUACAAAUUGUGUAGUACUUAUGACUUCAAAUAUCGGUUCUCGCUAUAUUCUUGAAACUCUUCGAACUACACAAGAUAGCAAGGAGGCUGUUUAUGAGGUGAUGAAAGGACAGGUUGUAGAGUUGGCCAGACAGACUUUCCGUGCAGAAUUUAUGAAUCGUAUUGAUGAGUAUAUUGUUUUCCAGCCUCUGGACUCCAAAGAAAUCUGUAAAAUUGUUGAGAUACAGGUUGACUUGUCCCAUAUAAAGCUCCUAUAGCAUGUGAUGAAUCCUUUUCUUCUUCUUCUUUUUUUAUUUUAUUUUAUUUAUUUAUUUAAAUUUAUUCAUGAGGAGGUUAUCAGAAGAACAGGGGUAAUAGGUUUUUGAACAGCUUAAGACUGUUAAUUUGAGUUUGCUUAAUUUUCUGUUUCCAGUUGAACCGGGUGAAAGACAGGCUCAAACAAAAGAAAAUUGAUCUU